AUGCAAGGCCUUGAGCUGAGUUUGGAGGUAUUGUUAAUAGUGUGGAGGUUGGAGAGCAUCUUUAAGUUCCUUCUUGAAUUGAUUCCAAGAGGAAUUUUGAGAGAUAUCUUUGGAGAAGGAGUGGUAGAAGUAGAAGAAAAUGAUGAUGAAUUUGAUGUU